ACGUUAACCAAAAGACCAGUGCACAAAAGAGAGUUGCUAGGCGAAGAUCAUUGGCCACUUCCGAGUCAGGGGCGAAACACGAGCAAACAGUAAUACAAAACUCUAAUUUCAAGUGUUGCUUCUGUGCCCUUUACCUUCACGUAGAUAUGCCACCCAAAACGAAAUCUGCCAAGGUCACGACCGCCAAAACUUCUGCCUCACGAGAUCUGGUAUCUCUGGGUCCGAGGCAUCUCACAGAGAGGCGCGGAAAACGCGGCGAAGAUGGUCUUGCCAAGGAGAGACCUACCACUACUCGAGCCCUAGUUCUGCGGAACGGGAAAAAUGGCGCGAGAGGAACCGGGGAAGUGAUGGUCACAUCGAGGUUGACUGGAAGGGAGAAGCUGGAUUUACUCGCUGAGGACCUCAUAAAAAGAUCCAAACAAGCAGUGAUGACCCCGUUCAGAUUAGAGACAUGCCUCAAGAUCGCAGAGUCCCAGUUCAGUAGCUAUUUGGAUGAUAUCACCAAUCUCAAGGAUCCCGACCUGUUCCACUCACUUAUUGAAGCAGAACUGAAGGCUCGUACCCUUACGAAAAAGAAACCAGAGGAAGCGAUGAGGGAUCCGGCGUUCAUUGCUUCGACUAUUGCUAUCAGAAUACACAAUGCUUACUUGCUUGCUUCUGCCUGGAAAAUUGUCGCGGAUAAUUUAUUUGACUUACAACUCGCUGGUGUCACGGAUGACACGAUUGUCUACAAACUACACGACGAAGAAUUUCGAUCGCAAUAUUUGGUCUUGUACGACAUGGUCAAUAUCAUUGUUAAGCUUUGCCAGGACAAGUUCUCAGUGCUCGCAGCUACUUCGCCUCAUUAUGCCCGUUACUUCAAGGAGAAGGAUGGCACUACUGAGACUGAGUUUGAUCGAUCCGGGUUGAGAGAUGCUUGUCGUUCAUUCCUCGACUCUAUCAUAAUUGAGUUGUGCUUUCGAGAAGCACCGUAUCCGAAGGCAAUUCUGUACCAGAUUCUACACGAUGCCGUUGAAGAAGCCCCCAAAGAGGCCAAACGAUUCCCUCAGUCCAUGUGGGACUCCGCGGGGGACCUUUCAGAAAUAGUGCGACUCCAAGAUAUGCUCGAAGCGCCUUUGCUUGGCCCGAAUGAGGACACUUGGAGGAGCACAAACCGCAAGGCACCCAAGGCAUACAUGCAAUGGGCAAACGCUGAAAUCAUGUCUGACAAGGCUUCGGAUAAGUGGGAAACGUUGGAGCCUCUUGUCCACCCUCUUGCUAAGCUACAGAACCCCACUGCACUAAGGAAUGUGUGGAAGCAAAUUCAACAGAAUUAUAUGUUGGUGUGCAACAAAGAUCCUGACGGUAUUUGGGGAUUAACCGAUGCACUCUCAAAGUCCACCCCGUCGUGGCACUCGUACCAUCACCUAUCCAAUAUCGCGGAGGAAUCAGAUGAGGAAUCAGACAGGAUGCCUAAGCUGGCCGGCUCAAGGAAGAAAAUGUUAGCCAUUACGGACGGUGCAGAAAGUGAUGAUUCCAUGCCUCCGCUUCAGGACGUUUCUGAGUCUGAUGAGUCCGACUCGGAUUGGAGUGAGACGGAUGAGGAUGACGACGAGGACGAGGAUGACGAGAGUGAUUAUGACACUGACGAAGAGGAUGAAAUGCGGGAGAUGCUUCGGGAGGCGAUGGACACCGCUGUUGAGGCAGAAUUCUUCACUGAUGGGCUCGAGUCAGAAAAUCCGUUCAACCAGGAGGAUCGUAAGGGCAAUCCCUUCUUGAAGCUUCUUGGCUCUCUGCGUGGUCGCAUGUUCAAUAACAGCCCGAAGCUUUCCUCCCGUAGCAAACCAGCGACCAAAACGGCACCCAAAGCCAAAGGAGCUUCUCACGUUCCCACUGCUGCUCCCACGAAGGCACCGAACCAUAAAACUACAGUGGAGGAAGUGGAGGACGAAGAUGAUAUCGUCCAAGGUGCUAGCAGCAAAAAGAAAAAGAAGAAGCCUAAGAAGAAAAAGAAGCCAGCUGCGACCGAACCCGUGUCUCCGGAGCUGCCAGCUGCACCUGCAGCUGCACCCGCACCCGCACCCGUUCCUAGCGCACCAUCGCCUCCAGCAGCCAAACAGAAGCCCCAACCACCUCCCGCCAAACCGAGGGCCAACCCGGUGGCGAGCUCGGUGCAUAUGUCGACCACUUCAAUACCACCCGUAGAACCAACGGUGGCUCAAUCUGGUCAUUCCUAUGCUCAAAAUCUGGACGUGAAAACCAAAGUCAAGUCCAGGUCUGACCAGCCUUCCUUGUUUGCUAAAGGCGUCUUAGGACGUCUAGGAGUUGGCAGAGACAAGUCGAAGGAGGAGCCCGAGUCGAAAGCGACAAGGCGCAACUGGUUUGCCUCGAUGCACCGAAAGACAAAGGACUAUCUGCACCAGAUACUGAAUACUUCCGAGGACGUGACUAAAGGCAGCGCCGGCAUGAAGUGGGAUACAUUCGUCAAGGUCAUGAAAGAUAUGGGCUUCACUUAUGUCCCUAGCACAGCGGGAUCUAGUGUUCGGUUUGAUCCUCCAGAUGCUCGUGACAGGUCCAUCAGCUUCCACAAACCGCAUCCAGAUUCCUUCAUUCAUCCGAAGAUGCUAAAGGAAUUCAGCAAGAAAUUAAAGAAAUACUAUGGCUGGGUCCCCGAAGACCUGAAUUGAUGCUGUGUCUUUUCUUGUUACUGACUCCCUUGCUUGAAUAAGACCAUGUACUCACUAACACGUUCGAUCCGUUGAGACGAACGCUGUAUUGUUUCUUUUGCCAUGGUUCCGCCCAAGUACGGUGUUAUAUAUAGAAAAUUAACGCGGGAUUGUAUGUACAUACAAUCUAUUAUAUUUUUAGUCAUCCCAUGUAGCUCUUAACCUUCCACAUUGU